AAAAUCUCUCCAAACCCCCCGCUGUGCCACCGCCGCCGUCACCGUCGACACCCCAACCCCCCACUCCCCUCCCCAAUCACCACGGCCUCUCCCGCCGCCGCCGCCGCCGCCGCCACCCCGUCCGCAGUCUUUGGCCGCUGACUUCCGAGGGUUCCCCGCGCCAUGACGAGCCUGAUAUCCCAGAACGCGCUCCCGAAGCGCCGGCUGGAGAAGGACGACAGCAGCAGCAGCGAUGAAGAGACCAUGGAUUCCCCCGUCGCCUCGGAUGCAGAGGCUGGGAAGAAGCCCAGGCCGGAGGAUCGCAGGAAGGACCGGAGGAAGAAGAAGAAGGCGCUGGAGGCCAGGCAGGGCCAGGAGGCCGAUGAGAUGAGGCGGCUGGAGAGCUCUCUGUUCGGCAACAUCUACACCCCGCUCGAGUUCGGCACCGAGGCUGUGCCGGCUCGUGGCCAGGAUGAUGCUAAGUUGUUCUCCGUGGACCGGUCUGCCGACGACGACCUGCCUGUUUAUGAGGAGGACCUGGGCAGUGAGGAUGAGGUGCUUGAUAAGGGGAGGAAGCCCGCCUGGGUGGAUGAGGAGGAGGAUAGCACCCAGGUGGACAUCCUCAAGGUUGCGAGGCUGAGGAAGCUGAGGAAGGAGGCUGAUGAGCGCGUGAUCUCGGGCAAGGAGUAUGAGGCUAGGCUGCGCGGUCACCACGCCAAGCUGAACCCUUUCACUGGCUGGGCGGAUAUGGACCGGAAGGCUCCUCUCCGUGAUGGUGACUCCGAUGAGGAAGAAGGUGGAGUCGACAAUAUGCUUCGGAACAAUGAUGAGCUUGUCGUCAAGGGUACUGCUAAGCUCCUGCCUGGCAUGCUGGACUACUCGAGGCUUGUUGAUGCGAAUGCCCAGGAUCCUUCCAGUGGUCCUAUCAAUUCAGUGCAGUUUCAUAGGAAUGGUCAGCUGAUGCUUGUUGCUGGCCUGGACAAACAUCUGAGGUUUUUCCAGAUUGAUGGCAAGAGAAACCCCAAGAUCCAGAGCAUAUUUGUCGAGGACUGUCCAAUUCAGAAGGCAGCCUUUCUACCUGAUGGCUCUGAGGUGAUCCUUUCCGGCAGGAGGAAGUUCUUCUACUCAUUUGAUCUGGUGAAAGCUGCUGUUAGUAAGAUUGGACCCUUGACUGGGCGUGAAGAGAAAAGCCUGGAGAGCUUUGAGAUAUCACCUGAUUCGAGAACCAUUGCGUUUAUCGGUAACGAGGGGUACAUCCUCCUGAUAUCUUCCAAAACCAAGCAGCUCAUUGGAACCCUCAAGAUGAAUGGUAACGUGCGUUCGCUGGCCUUUGCGGAUGGUGGGAACCAGCUACUGAGCAGCGGCGGGGAUGGCCAUGUUUACCACUGGGAUCUCAGAACAAGGAAGUGUAUGCACAAGUCUGUCGACGAGGGCUCCCUGUCAGGCCUUUCCCUCUGCACCUCGCAGGACAGCUCUUACUUCGCCACAGGCUCCAGCAGCGGCAUCGUGAACGUGUACAAGAGGGACGAGUUCCUCGGGGGGAAGAGGAAGCCGCUGAAGACGAUCGAGAACCUCACGACCGAGACGGGCCAGAUGAAGUUCAACCAUGACGCCCAGAUCCUGGCGAUAAGCUCGGGCAAGGAUAGGAAUGGGAUGAGGCUCGUACACGUCCCAUCCUUCACCGUGUACCAAAACUGGCCAGGGCCACGGUUCAGCCUUCAGUACCCGAGGUGCCUGGACUUCAGCCCUGGGAGCGGGUUCCUCUCCGUCGGGCACGCCGGCGGAAAAGUUUUGCUCUACAAGCUGCACCACUAUCAGAACGCUUAGGGCUCCCACAGUCCAGUUUUGACACUGUAUUUUUCUGCUUCCAGAGAAAACCCUUGAUGUUAUCUGUAACGUGAUUCUUCUUAAACCCUCUUGCCUUGUGAGUGCCGUUGUCACAGAUAUUUUGAUGGUGAAUGCAAUACCCUUCUGGUGCCGGUUGUUUGAGCAAAGAA